AAUGAAGGAAUGGCUGUGAGGCUGUGUGUAAACAAUUCUAUUUGUUCAGUAUAGUUGCCUUUUAUUUAUUUUGAAUAAAAACAGAUGCUAACAUCAUGUAUUAGUUGAAAAUCAUCUGGUUUGAAUUCAAUGAUCUCAAUUUAUUCCUCAAAUACUUCAAUUAUUCGAUGACCUGUUGUCACUCAAUUUCAUUACGUUUUUAUUUUUGUGAACUGUUUUCUCUGUAACAUUAGUCAAUACUUAUCUGGGUGACUAGGUAAAAUGAGUGACACAAGCGAACGUGGAGUUGGUGAUGGCCAAGAAGGAAAUGAAGAAAAAAAGAUUUCUAAUCAAACUGUGAAUGUUUCACCUGAGGGAGAUUCAUCUGAUCCAAAGACCAGUGGUCGAGUUGAAAAAAGUGGAGAUGAUAAUAGAGGGAUAGUUGAUCCGGAAAAAGUACAAAGGCCAGAUAAUGCUAAGAAAGCCUUGAAAAUUGAUAGCGCCUGGUCAGCUAAUCCAGAGAUUGUUGAUCAAUUAAUCGAUAUGGGAAUUGACAAAGCCAAAGCAUUACGAGCUUUAUACUUUACCGGUAACAAUUCUGCAGAAGCCGCUAUUUCAUGGAUAUUUGAGAAUAGUGAAUCUGAUACAUCAUCUAUCGAUUUUGGAGAAAGAGAACCCGAAGGAGGUGCUAUUGCAAAUGAAGAAGACUGUGACGAUUAUAAAAUGGUAUUUGUUGUUAAUUGUAGUCUAAAUAUGGGAGUAGGAAAGGCGUGUGCUCAAGUCGCUCAUGCUGCCCUGGGUCUGCAGUUAUUCCUUUUAGAGAACAGUAAAACUUAUGCGAAACAAUUUUCCAAAUGGACGCAGGAAGGUGAAACGAAAGUUGUUCUCAAAGCUGAAAAUGCUGACCAUUUGUGUGUUCUUGCUGCAAAGGCAACCUCUCUAAAACUACCAAACUAUUUGGUAAAAGAUGCUGGACGGACUCAAAUACCAGCAGGUUCGACCACAGUUUUAUCUAUAUUUGGAAAAAUCGAUGUGGUUGACCAAGUUACUCGGCAACUCAAACUUCUUUAGAUUGGAUUGAAUAAAGUGUUUAACACUUGAAAAUUUCUUUUCCAUCGCAGAUGUAACUGAAAACCUUUGUAAAAAAAUUCCAUGAUUGACACAAAUUACUACAGAUAAUUGAUGGUAUUUGCUUUGCUAUAUUGUUCGUAUCUAAAUUUUAAUUCAAAUAAUUAUGAAAAGAAGGCUUGAUUUUUUGUAUCACAGUAAACUUAACGAAAUUUAAUUUGGGGAAAUGUAUUUCUCGAUGAAUUAAUAUUAUUCCAAAGAAAAUCAUAAAUUGUGACAAUUUUGAGGAGCUGAAUGAUUACCAGGAUUUAUUGAUACAAGAAAAAGUAAUCUAAAAUAAACGAUUCGCACCGCUAUAAACAAAUUUUA